CUCUCCCUCUCCCCCUCUCCCUUCCUUUUCCCCCUCCCUUUCCUUCUCCUCCUCUCUCUCAGCUUCCUAACAUUAAAGAGAAAAUGCUGCUAUCAGUGACUUCCAGGCCUGGGAUUUCGACUUUUGGCUAUAACAAGAACAACAAGAAGCCGUAUGUGUCAUUGUCACAGCAGAUGGCACCACCUAGUCCAAGCAGCAGCACCCCCACCAGCAGCAGUGGGGGCAACGGCAGUGACCAGCUGAGCAAAACCAACCUGUACAUCCGCGGACUGCAGCCGGGCACGACUGACCAGGACCUUGUCAAGCUGUGUCAGCCAUACGGCAAGAUUGUCUCCACGAAGGCCAUACUGGACAAGACUACAAACAAAUGCAAAGGCUAUGGUUUUGUGGAUUUUGACAGCCCUUCAGCAGCACAGAAGGCUGUAACCGCACUGAAAGCCAGUGGUGUGCAGGCACAGAUGGCAAAGCAACAAGAACAGGACCCCACAAAUUUAUACAUCUCAAACCUCCCACUGUCCAUGGACGAGCAAGAACUGGAGGGGAUGCUGAAGCCCUUUGGCCAGGUUAUCUCCACUCGGAUCCUUCGAGACACCAGUGGGACCAGCAGAGGAGUUGGCUUUGCAAGGAUGGAGUCCACAGAGAAGUGUGAAGCGAUCAUCAGCCACUUUAAUGGAAAAUUCAUUAAGACGCCCCCUGGAGUUCCAGCCCCAUCCGAUCCCUUGCUCUGCAAAUUUGCUGAUGGUGGGCCAAAGAAACGACAAAAUCCAGGGAAGUUUGUACAAAACGGACGGGCCUGGCCAAGGAACGGAGACAUGGGUGGGAUGGCCUUGACCUAUGACCCCGCCUCGGCCCUUCAGAAUGGGUUUUACCCGGCCCCUUAUAACAUCACCCCCAACAGGAUGCUUGCUCAGUCUGCCCUCUCCCCGUACCUCCCGUCUCCUGUGUCUUCGUAUCAGAGAGUGACUCAGGCAUCUCCUCUGCAAGUGCCUAAUCCGUCUUGGAUGCACCACCAGUCAUACCUCAUGCCACCUUCAGGUUCUGUUCUGACACCGGGGAUGGAUCACCCCAUUUCUCUGCAGCCAGCCUCGGUGAUGGGACCCCUGACCCAGCAACUGGGCCACCUCUCGCUGAGCAGCACGGGCACGUAUAUGCCGACAGCUACAGCUAUGCAGGGAGCUUACAUCUCCCAGUACACGCCGCUGCCUUCUUCCAGUGUUUCUGUUGAGGACAACAGCGGCCAGCAGAACCAAGUGGCAGUGGAGACACCCUCAGACCAUGGAGUCUAUUCCUUCCAGUUCAGCAAGUAACUGAGGCUGAGCCUGCCUGCUUAGCCUUUUCACAGUCUUUAAUUUUGUGAAUUUUUUUGGAAUGAAAUUUCAUACGGAAUUUGGGGGUUGGCGCUGGGCAGGGAGCAAGGCAGAACACUAAGCAGGCAGCGGAAGUGGCUUUUUUCUCUGCUCUGACACGUCUUGGUUGAAAAGACUAGACUCCAGCUGCAGGAAGCAGAACUGUCACCUGCUCCUUUCAGAGAUGACCCCACAGCCUUUGGAAGCCACCUUUGAACCAGAUUUGGUUGAAGACUAGGUCUUUCCAGACAAGUACCCGAUGGAUGUACUGACUUCUCACUUCUCUCUGUGGAAGCUGUGGCCUUGGGGUCCCUGCCCUCCCGCCCGCCUCCUGGAGGAGCUCCUCGGCCGCCCUGUGGCCCUUCUCUCCCCGCUGUUUGCUACGCUUCGUGCAGGCUCCUUCCCGACUGGAGGAUCGACUGCUUCACCUACAGACCAGUGGUUCUUGGGCAGAGGUGGUUUUGUUGCAGGGCCUGUUGUCAGCAGCCGUGACAUUUCCGAUCGCAGUGCCUAGGAGUGGCGUGUGGGCUCCCAGCGUCUAUUCUAAGAGACGAAGGACGUUGCUGAGCAUGCCACGGUGCACAGGACACCACCUCUCUCCAAACAAACGUCCGUGGUGCCAAGGUAGAGAAGCUUUGGUACGGUGUUUCCCUGCUUUCUGGGGCAGGAUCAGUUUCCGUCCCAACCGUGGACACACAGCUCUUUGACAUUCAAUGCUACUGGUCGGGAGGGUGGAACUGAGAUCCUAGAAUUGCCUGAGGUUUGACCUUGGAAGCUGUUGCACACAGCGAAGCUGUCCUGGCAAGGCCGGCAGCCACUGUCAGCGUGGCCAGUGUGCACUUCUCCUCCUCAAGAGGGCUUGAGAUGGGGACUGUUCCGUGUACUGUACAGGGUGGGAAAGCACAGAGCUAACUGCUGAGUGCCUGUCCUGCCCCGGUAUGUUUGGACCCCUUCCCGGGAGAACCAGGACCUCAGAAAUAAUUUUCCCGAGCUGAGUGUGUUGUGCACAACUAUAAAUCCCAGCGUUUGGGAGGCCGGGGCAAGAUGAUUGGAAAUUCAAGGCCAGCCUGGGCUGUAUAGUAGACACCCUGUCUCAAAGGAAAUGGGGGGUUCUUCUUGUGAAGGACAACAGGGAGCCAGGAUAGAAAAACAGCAUGUCCCAUGUCAGUGUACAAGGUCGGAGACCCUCGGAAGCCCUGUCUCACUCCAUAGCUGUCCUCUGCACAAGACCUGACUGUGCACUGGAGACAGGAAGGAGAAAGCCUUUGCCCACCUGACAGAAGACAGCCCUACUUCUGUUUCCUCAUAAAAUCCCUACUCCCCAUCGAGGCCAGGUUCGUCUCCACCAGACACCACUCGGACGAAGGGAAGUGGUGGAGGGGAGACGCAGGUGUCGAGGCUGGUGUGGGCUCGGCUGUGCAGAGCUUCGCCCAGAUUUUCCUUCCGUCCCAGAAGUGAGUCUUCAGCCUCCUUUUCCUGUUUGUCCCUUGUACAUCCUUGGUGUAAGGGAGUUGGGGCAACGAAUAAGACUCAAACAUAAGGAACAAAAUCACCCUUUCUCCCAUGGGUGCUUCUAACUCCAGGAGAAGCUUAUCCAGCAUAAAAAGCCCCACUCCCAGUACCCUUCCAGGGUUUGGCUGGACAAACAUUGCUUGUUUUUGGGUUUCUAAACCUCAGUAAAGGGAAGUGUACCACAGCUACUUUCUUGUCAGUGGCCUUUGUUUGUGACAGGGUCUUACGUGUAGCCCAGGCUGGCUUCAAAUUUGAUGCUCCUCCUGCCUUAGCCUCCGAAUGCGGGGAUCACAGGCGUGUGCCACCACGGCCAGCUGUCAGUGGCCUUAAAGAGAAGACAAACCCAUUUGAUUGUGUGAUGGGGAAGGGGGAGGGUCUGCUGGUAGGGUUAGUGUGGGCCGCCUCUCCUCGGAAAUCAUUGAUGUAACUGCUGCCCCUCCUCUGCCUCGAGAACUCUUGAUUCAGUCUUUUUAUAUCUAAAGAUACGUUUGAAUGGUUUUGGGGUUUUGUUUUAAAUUUUGAAGUUACCUUCUGAGGGUCUUAUGUGACUCUACUCGUUAGAUUCUAUUAAUGAGUGUUCUGGCUUGGGCAGGUUCAGACAUGGUCAGUGACCUGCAGUAACUUUUGUAGUGGUUAAUGGCACAGGAAUUUCUUUUAGGUGCUUUUGAUGGGAAGACAAUCCUGUUUUUUCCUCUGGUUGUUCAUCCCCCACCCCCACAGUGCCAGGGAUCAAAUUCAGCACCUUGCACUGGCCAGGCAGGCGAGGUGCCAGUGAGCUACAUCCCCAGGCCUGUUCAUUUCUAAUAGCAGGCAGUGAUGAGGAAGAAGAGGGAGGUGCUGCUGCUCCUGUGAAAUGGUGGGGUGGGCGGGACGGCAGGGGCGCCGCGGCGCAGCCUCAGGCUGGCUCUGAACACUGGCUCAUGCUUCCUGAAGCCUGUUCUGACUCUACUUCCCAUGUCGCCCUGUACCGUUACAGAAGCUUACACUGUCACUUCGGGGGUUGGUACGAGGGAUUUGAACCCAGGGCCUUUGCUACAUCGCAGCCCCUUUUUGAGUCAAGGUCUUGCUAAGUCAUUAAAUUGCCCAGUCUUGGCUCAAACUUGUGACCCUCCUGCCUCGGUUUCCCAAAGUGCCGGGAUUGCAGGUGGGUGCCACUGAGCCUGGCUGAAACUUGUAAGUCUGAAAAGGUUUCAGUCCCCGCUUUAGUUCUCAGUUGAAUACCACAGAACACAGCAGAGCCCUUCCCUCAGUGGCACGUCCCUCACUGGGCUCAGCCUGCUGGUUCCACCUCGUGCCAGUGUUAUUGCUGCUGCUCAGACCGCACUGAGCGGGCUGACUGGAAGAGCGUGCGGGUGGGGGUUGGGAUGUGGCAACGUUGAUGGGGAGGGAUUUGUUUAGUCUUUUUAACCAAAGAAUUUGAGGAGCUGCUCAGCCUGGAAAAUCUGGCAGCUCUGAAGAGAUAAUAGCCUUCGUCUGUCGUAACGGGUGGCAGGAGGACAUUAGGUGCGCUGAGACCACCAGACUGGGCUGCUCCGUAGGCGGUCUCGGGUCGGCACUGCAGCCUCCGUCCUUCCUCUCCCUUUCCUCAGGUGCGGCUCAGUGAGCUCACGCACCCUCCCUUAGUGUCUCUAGGGCUCACCCUUGGUGCUGUUGAGGGAGCCCUUGCUGCAGUGUGGCGGGGAUCCCCACAGUGGUUCUGACCUGAGAAAAGGAGCCACGGUUGCUCUUACACGGACGCCCCUUCUGGGAAAGUGGGGGCACGGCACUCCCAAGGGUGUCUGCCUUAGCCAAGAGCAGGUCCAGUCGCCCCAGCCUCUGCUGGACCUGCAUCAGUGGGCGUCAGGGAGGGUGGGUGUUAAAAAGCCAGUCUGCAGAGGUAGACCCUAAAUUUUGUGCCUUGUUACGCCGAUUCUUUCUGAUGCCCUUUUAAAUCAACCACUCCAUUUCUGUACAACCCACCUUUUAGGUUCGUCAAACUUAGCGGACUCCUGAAGUUCAGUGGGCUUUCCCACUUCCUUUCAGUUCCCUCAGCAGCAAAAAGCAGAUAUCUUGGCUGAAAUUCCAAGAGGUGGAGUUUCACACGCCUUCAGGGUGAGAAGCUGGUGCCCUCACCACCCUCACUUCCAUUGCUUUCUCCUGGCCUAUGCACUUGUUUUGAAGGCUUCCCCGUCCACGCAGAACCCCAAACUUCCUUGUCCUUGUUACUUAUCUACCUCACAAUCUCACAACUCAACAAGGGCACAAGGCCUGCCUUAACCUUACUGGCUUUCUCUUCAUGAAUUAGGAAGCUGGGGACUAGAAAGGCCUCAUGAACAAAUGCAGAAACGUGGGACAUUUCUAGUUCUGGAGUGUCUUCCCUGAGGGUUUGGGUCACUGAGCACCUAUAACAGCAGGAGCUUUAUAGCUAGGUCCUAGGAUGGCGGGCCAAGAGGGCAGGCGUUAGAGACCACACGGGCAGCUGAGUGGCUGGGAGUCACCCAAGGACGAGGACUGGUUAGUGGUUGCCAUAUGGCUGAGAAGGUAACCAAGUAGUACCAAAGAGGGUGUUUGCACCUUUUACAGGGCUGGAAGUAGAUGUUCCUUCUCCACCUUAACGUCCAGGUAGUUUACAGUGUCGAGGAGACAGAUCCCAGCCUGGAGGUAGUAACUUUUCCAGCCUGAGUAAGUUAAAGUCUCCAUCCCAUGACUGCUGUCCCAAAUCCCCCGAUAUACUGCUUUCGGGUGGGUAACUACUCUGUUGCAUGCACUUAUCACCUUGGAGAGGAAAUGUCUUAUUUAUACUUAAAACACAUUUUGUACAUUUUUCUUUAUCCAGAGAUGUCUAGUUUUAUACUCUUCCUGUGUCUGUGCCAAUGCUACCCUUCUAGUUUAUUCUUCCUUUUCUGAUCCCUGGUCUUUCCAUGUUUUUCCCUGUAAUUUGGUAGCUUCAUUUUGUUGACUUUUAAAAAAUAAACACAAAAGGCUGUGUGUCUUGGUGUCUUAUCCACAAGUGGAAAGGAGAAGCUUGAUGGGCCCAUACUUGCUGCUAUAGGAAUAUAGGUGACAGCUCAAAAA